AUUCUACCAUGGGGUAGGUUGAACGCAUUAUGAUUAUCCCGGUAGAAUGACUCCGCAUCCGUAAAUUCUGUAUCUGUAUAAUCUCACACGAUACAGCCAGCUCCCACUCAUAUAAUCGCAUAAUUCAUUUUUAAAACAGGUGCGCCUCUUGUCAGUGGAGACGGACGGAGUGAUGGCCUCCUACUUCGACGAGCAUGACUGCGAACCGACUAACCCCGAGGAGCAGUACCGCCAGAACGCGCUGCUCGAACUGGCAAGGUCUCUAAUGCAGGGCUUGGACAUUGACUUGGGCCCAUUUGAAAUAUCAGAUUGGGACCAACGUCUCCCUCCGCCUGCCGCUCGGGCCAUCACCCAGAACCUUCCCACAGUGGUCAUCACUCCACAGCAAGCAGACAAGGGGCUAAAGUGUCCGGUGUGCCUGCUGGAGUUUGAGGAGCAGGAGACUGUGCGAAAGAUGCCCUGUGAACACCUCUUUCACUCUGGCUGCAUUAUGCCUUGGCUGGGGAAGACCAACUCUUGCCCUUUGUGUCGCCUUGAGCUGCCCACCGACAAUGAGGAGUAUGAGGAGUUCAGGAAAGAUAAGGAGAGAAGGAAACAGAAGGAACACAGGCUAGAGAACCUACAUGGAGCCAUGUACACAUGAGUGCCAAGAGGCACUGACACAGGCAACCACACACACUGCAGGGGACAAGAAAUACACGUUUGUUAUUUUACUCUUAUCAAUUAAUGUAACAGCAUCAAAUGCAGGCAUUGGGGUAUUGGAAAUGUUUUAUAUCUUAGUCUUUGUAAAUGUACCCUUUGAUGUAAUUAUUUAAUAUACAAUUACUGUGUACAAAGAUUGGCUUUUGUAUAUGAAGAUAAUACGUAAAAACUUAAAACACAAACAUGGACCAAAACUGCAAAUGGUUUGUUGUGGA